UGGUGGUGGUGGGCAUGUCGCAGUACGUCGUGCAGGUCUCCUCCAACAUGAUGGUCGGCCACCUCCCCGGCGUGCUCCCGCUCUCCUCCGCCGCCAUCGCCACCUCCCUCGCCAACGUCACCGGGUUCAGCCUCCUGGUCCGUGCACUCCUUCCCCCCCUCGAUUUUUCACUUGACCAUUUCCGCGUCCCGUCCCGCCCGUUCUUUCUGCUGGGCACCGUGAUACUCGCAUGAUUUUUCUUGGUUGGAGAAGCGCGUGUCGAUGUUAAUGGCUGGCAUGCCGUGCGCCUCUCGGCUCUGGUAGUGGUCGAGGUUGCUCUGGGCGCCAUGGAUCAUUUCCGAGUUUUCUUCGGUAGAACCAGUGGGAUUUUUCCAGGAGAAUCUUGAGAUGCUGAACAAGAGAAAUAACCUUUAGUGAGCUGUUUGUCUGUCGAUAGGAUACGUGUCUCGUUGCAGUUGGAUCUUGGAUGAUCAUGUAUUCAUGUGACUUUCGCUUCUUUACUCUAACUGGAGAUUAUGAUAGUGAGCUAGUGGAUGUGGACGCAUGCGUUCUGAACGGUUCAAAGAUAUUUCAUUGUUCAGCUAGUCCGCUAGCGACAGGGACGUUGCAGGAAAAGAGUACGCCGCAGUCCAUGUGUAGUAGGAGGUAGUACUGGUAGUACUAUAUUCUGUGGACUUUGCGAAAGAGGAUCUCUUUUCCAAUGGACUCUUAAGUCAUCAACACAAUUUCAUCAGCAUAAUAAGUUGCAUGCCCAAUACCUCUCCCUUGACCAAUAAUUAUUGGAUUGUCCCAAUAUUUAACCCCAACUCCUCUCAAAUAAAGGAAGAGACAAAUUCUGCUCUUCCAAUAUGUUAGUUAUAUUAGAUUGAGAUUAUUGAGGAACUGUAAAAAUAUCUCCCCUAAUAAUAUAUGAAAAUGGUAUUAGGACAUCCCAGUACUACUUUAUUGGAAGAUAUUUAUUGGGAGACUGCUGGAGAUGCUCUUAGAAAAAAAGAGACUAAUGGAGAUACUCUUACAUGGGUAUUUUUCCAUCUGAAAAUAUGGGAUAUCUCUCAUAAAUUGUGGGUAGACAAGAGCAUGCAUGAGAUAUUUGUGUUUUAUAUGAGUUAUCAGUGUCCGGAACAUGUUUAUGCACGACAAUGUCAAAGAAGAAAUUGACUAGGUUUUGGCUUCACUCCAGUUUAGGUUAGUCAUUGUGUCAGCAUAAGUUGCUCAAACGCCGCUUAAAAUAUGUUUUCUUGGUAGAAUUACUAUGAUGAGUACAAGAUGUCGUUCUCCACAGGAAACUAUGCGAUCCCUCAUAAAUUGUGAUGUGACGAGAGCAAAAGGGUCAUUUGAUUUCGUUCUUAUGUGAGCUAUCAGUUUCCAGGGCAUGUUUAGUCAUGAUAAUGUCAAAGAAGACAUCGACUAUUUGACCAUAAUGAACACACAAUGUUCAGUUUACGAUUUUACCUGGUUAGUCACUGUGUCAAAGUUAUAACGCAAGGGGGAAAAGAAAAGAUUGGAAUGGCAAGUGCACUGGAGACACUAUGUGGCCAAGCCUACGGUGCAAAGCAGUGCCACAAACUAGCCGUCGACACCUACAGAGCAGUGUUCACCCUCCUGGCGGUCUGCAUCCCGCUCUCGCUCAUCUGGGUGUUCAUGGACAAGAUCCUGAUGCUCAUAGGCCAGGACCCCCUCAUCUCCCGGGGAGCCGGGAGGUACAUGGUCUGGCUGAUCCCGGGGCUCUUCGCCAACGCGGUGAUCCAGCCGAUCACCAAGUUCCUGCAGACGCAGAGCCUGAUCUACCCGCUGCUGCUGUCGUCCAUCGCCACCAUGGCGAUCCACAUCCCUCUGUGCUACGUCAUGGUGUUCAGGACCGGCUUCGGGUACACCGGCGCCGCGCUGACGAUCGGCAUAUCGUACUGGCUGAACGUGGCCAUGCUCGUCGGGUACAUAGUGUUCUCGAGUUCCUGCAAGGAGACGCGCGCACGCCCCACGAUGGAAGCCUUCAAGGGAGUGGACGCGUUCCUGCGUCUAGCUCUGCCCUCCGCACUCAUGAUCUGUCUCGAAUGGUGGUCGUUUGAGAUCCUUAUUCUCUUGUCAGGAUUUCUACCCAACCCGGAGCUGCAGACCUCAGUGCUUUCGAUCUGCCUCACAAGUGUAACAUUGCUCUUCACCAUACCAUUUGGGCUUGGAGCUGCCGGGAGCACACGGGUGGCGAACGAACUGGGCGCCGGGAACGCUGACGGAGCUCGAUCCGCAGUCCGCGUCGUGCUCUCCAUGGCGGCGAUGGACGCCAUCAUCGUGGCCGGGACCCUCCUAGCGGCGCGGCGCCUCGUGGGCAUCGCGUACAGCAGCGAGGAGGAGGUCGUGUCUUCCGUCGCCGCCAUGGUUCCCCUGGUCUGCAUCACUGUCGUGACCGACUGCGUGCAAGGAGCCCUCUCAGGCGUCGCCCGGGGGUGCGGGUGGCAGCACCUGGGCGCGUACGUCAACCUCGGCUCCUUCUACCUGCUGGGGAUCCCCAUGGCGAUCCUUCUCGGCUUCGUGCUGCACAUGGGGGCGAGAGGGCUCUGGAUGGGCGUCGUCUGCGGCUCCCUGUCGCAGUCCACGCUCCUGGCCGCCAUCAACUUCUUCACCGACUGGCCCAGGAUGGCUGAGAAGGCUAGGGAACGGGUGUUCAGCGAGAAGGCUCCGGAGCCCAGGCCGUGAUGUCUGCUGGAGUAGCGGCACCUCUACAUUUUACAGUCCAAUUUUGCAGGGGAGGCGUCUGUUCCCGUGGCAUUCACGGAAGGGAGAGGGAGAUCAGGCAAACGUGGCUCUUGCCUGUCAAGGCGAAUGGGCCAAUCCAUGCCCGUUUACUCAUCAAGGCGCACAUGGUUCUUGCUUUCGGCUUCGUUUUCCCACAAGAACUGUAAAGAAAAACAGAAGAAUAAUAUUUUUAAUGAGUAUUGCAUCCGGUCGGAUGCGCUUUCGCCGGAGUGGAGGGCGGUCCGGCCGGAGGUAGAGUGCCCUGGUGCUUGGCAUCCAAA